AUGAGUCCGGAAAUUGCUCGUCACGAGCGCUUGCUGGUGCGGAUGGGCACGCCUGAGCAAGCUUCGAAGCCUAAAGGUGAUAUGGUCCCAACACCCGAUUGCAAGAAGAAGCUUGAUUUUGGCGAGACCGAGCGUGCACCGGAUUGGAAGAAGCCUCCUGAUCAGGAGGACACCAUGGUGGAGCUGCCCACAGAAGUUCCGGAGCCUGCUCCGAUCGAAGUAGAUUCGAGCCCAGAGAAGAUCAAACAGGAUGGGGGCUGUGGGGAGAGGGGGGAUUAUGUGCAGGAGCCACAGUCUCCGAGCCGGGACUCCGGUGAGGCUCCAGCGGUGUGCGUGGAGGCUCAGAAUCACCUUCGGCAGACCAUCCGUGCCUCGAUCCGCCGCAUGCGGGGGCGCAAGAAGAGCGAGGGUGAGGAGCAGGAGCCCAAGAAAAAGCGUGGUGGCCGGAAGCCCAAGAACACCAAGGAUGACCCGGAGGUUGCAGAGGCUGUGCCUUCCUGUCGCAAGCGAAAGGCCAAGGCCACGUGCGAGACCGAGGCCGACGAGUCGCCUUUGCCAAAGCCAAAGGCAAAGGCGAAGGCGAAAGCGAAGGCGAAGGCGAAGGCGAAAGCCAAAGCAAAGGCCUGUGCAGUGAAGCCGGCUGGCAAAGCCAAGCCGAAGACGAAGGCUAAAGCAAAGGCGAAGAGUGCUGGUGCGAAUCCUUCGGAUGAUGAUGGGUGUGAGUACCGGCUGAAGCUUAGCCCUGAUCGCAAGCGUCGCUCCGGCUACUCGAAGUGUGGCCGGUUGAUCCUCGGGUGUUCGUCCUGCCGGUGGUCUGUGCUCGGUUGCGGCACUUGUCUCCGCACGAAUUUCCAUGGAAAGCGGUGGAACCCAGUGGCAUGCCCUGAGGAGUAG